CGGAAUUAUUUGCAUGACGGAGCGGUAGGUAUGGGAUGGACCCAGAAUGUUCACAACAGAAAGUGUCAAGAUGCACUUCCAAGUUCGAAGGGAUUCGCGCAAGGGCUCCUCACGUGCUCAGGUAAAGUAGAUCACACGGCUUUACAUAGCCACGUCCUGCCUACAUUGGCAAUUGUCCAAAAGCAUCGGUUUCCUUUUUACCACUUUAGGCUUACCAUUCACCACGCGCAAUGACCCCCAUCGACUCGGAUGCUUAGCACGACAAAAGAGACGACACGUCAGCAAUCAGAUAUCUCCGCCCUAUAUGGAGAAAGCACGCACUCGCUCCCGGUACAGAAGCUGGACGCAUCACUCGCCAGCCAGAGCGCGACGCCGCGCAACUCGUCCGAUCUGCCGAGCCGGCCCAAGGGAUUGAGCCCCGCCCACUUCGCAUCGAGCCCGGGCUGCUUAUCGAGGAACUCGCGUGUCAUCCUGUGCGGCUGCAAUGAGUAUCGAGCCAACGGGUCGAAGAUGGGCUGAUCGCAACUUGGUGAUGAUGUGCCCCGGGCUGAUAGUGUUCACACGUAUACCCUUCGGCGCGAGCUCACACGCCAUGGAGCGUCCCAUCUGGAGGACGGCCGAUUUGCUGGUGUUGUAUGCGACCCAGUGGUGAUCCUGUGGGAAGCCGUCCCGGUCAAUGCGGGUGCUCGUUCUGGUUCAAGGAUGAUGCUGCCCGGAGUCCCGAGCUUCUCCAUCUGUCUCCCCACAGCCUGGGCCGCGAAAAGGACACCCGAGACGUUCACGUCCAGAACCUGUCCCCCACUUGAGCUUACAGUGUCUACAACCAAACGCCACCCACUCUGCGAAAGUCGUCAGCCUCGUACUCCAAGCACUCGGCGCCGUGCAGGAUCCCAGCGCCGGCGACGCAGAUGUCGAUGCGGCCCUCUUUCCUGACGAUUUCCUCGACGAGAGCCCACAUCCCUUUCUGGUCCGUCACGUCGCCGCUGACGUACUCGAGCCGCCCCACCCCGGGCAUCGCAGCGGCGCUCUCCUGGACGGUGCGCCAGUCUGCGUCCGGUGCAGCAGGGAUGUCGAGGCAGUACACGGCCGCGCCUGCCUCCGCCAGCGCCAAGGCCAUCUCGAGGCCAAUGCCACGGUGCGCGCCGGUGAUGAGCGCCACGCGGUUGGAGAGCGAGAAGAGCGAGAGCGCAGUGGGGAGGGCGUGGGCCCCUGCUAGAGCAGAUUCGACGCCGGGUCUCAGAGCCAUAGGUUCGGUAUUGUGGACGGGAGGGACAUGGAGGUGGAGUUAUAUAUGCGCGGGUGGACUCGUGGGGAUGAAUUGCGGAUGACGUCCGAGUUGCUCUCAGCUGACGGGAGUCAGGGGAUCUCUUAGCUCCCUCUUACUCACGCAUUCAAGUGUUGGAUGCCACGCGAAGUCACUGUUCGUCGACUGCGUAUAGAGACUAUCCAAAGAUUUUGAAAGGACCUUGAUGGAUUUAUACUGAUGUAAGGUGAAGCCUUUGUGUCAUC